AUGGCUACGAUACGAGAAGAUGGUGCUGUGCUUUCGGCAACUUUUAGGUGUGCUGUGGUGGAUUUGAAACCCAGCGAUGCCACCCUAAGCAUCUCCGCCGUAAGCUAUUCCUCCUCUACAAACCGAGAAUUGGCCACCAAAUUCUGGAGCAUCUUCCACGAAGAUUCAGGCUUGGUUUCUGUCUUCACUAAUCAGGGAGAGAUCCGUGAAGAGGGUCCUUUUGCAACUCACAUGUUCCCGGCAUCGGCAUCAAGAAGGAGCCGGUGCUCAAGAUUCGAUCAAGGCGCCGGAAACAGCCUCUUGCGUGUCCUUCACCAUUCAGCGGCGGAGGUUGCCUUCUUCAACCGUGACUUGGCUCAGCCUCUUCUAGUCAAAGGCAAGUACGUUCGGUCAGAUUCUCGACAAUCGACGACAGGUGGUGGUGGUGAUCCUCUCGUGAAAUUGGUGAUCGGCGAUUCAAGGUUGAAGCUUCUUGAUUCGAAGCGUGGGGAGUACAUACACAAGUCCCACGGCAUUCGAUUCACCAGGCUCGACAAGUACGAGAGUACUGAUAUCGCGGCGGGCACAAUCAUUGUGUUGGUCAACCUCCGUGACCCAUUUCCAGUUGGCGGAGAAAGAACCCUUAAUUUGCAGGCGGGGCAGUUUAGGGUUCCAAGAGGUUUGGAAUCAAAUAUCUGGAGGGUUCACGAUGACUUGAACAACUGUGGAGAUUAUAUUGUGAGACUUGUGCGUUAUAUUGAUCUUUGCACCAACCCGAUCAUCGAUGGUCCAGCUGAUUCAGAGGAGUAUUUGAACGAUCUGUGGAACCAAGAAAUGCGUAUGACGAUGAGGCAACUUCUUGUUGGUGCUGAGUUCUUUGAUCCUGCUGUUUUGGAUAGGAUACUAGAGAUUCUGGGAACUCGGAUCAGUGAGUGCUUGGACAAGACCUUGACAACUAUUGGGAGACGAUUGGAGUUCAGAAGAGUUCAAGAACUUCAAUUGUUGUGA